GGAGGACUUGAAAUAGAAAUGAAAUAGAGUUGUUAAAUUGUCGCCAGUCAAAUGGGGGUUGUGACCUCACACACCCCUGCUGUGGCCCAUAGGACACCUCACCCUUACUGGGGCCUGGGUUUCAGGGGUGACUUCACAAUGGCCAGCGUAGUGCCCUGCCCACUGCCACAGUCCCAGUCCAUCAUGCUUACCACCCUGUGGCUGUUGCUCAGCCUCGCCGUCCCCUUGCUGGGGUCCCACGCUUCCUUCAGCUGUCCCAACGAGAAGCAAUGCCAAAAAGCCCUCCUCUCAGACAAUGACAUCUUUUUGCCCUGCAACUCUUCUGGGGCACAGUGGUACUUCUUAUUCCUGCAAGACAAGACCAGCUGGUCUGACAAAGUCUCCAGUGUUUCCAACAUCGAAAUAAUACCCGAAAUCGGCAUUCUCAUCCGAAACCCGUUGCCCUCCCAGACGGGCUUCUACCAUUGCCGGGACAAGAAUGGCGUCCAAGUGGUGCAGUACGAGAUUGAUUUCCAGGAUGUCAGCACCCUGCAUAUUACCCACAAAGGCCUGGGCCAAAAGCCCCUGCCGAACGAGACCCUGAGUCUGGGUGGUAAGGAGCUCAUCUUCACCCAGUGGGAUCCCUGGCAGGAUUGUAACCGCUGUGGGGAGCCGGGGGAGCGGAAGCGCCUGGGCUACUGCUACAUCGAGGAGCCCCUGCAGGAGCCCAUGCCCUGCUGGCUCUACCUGGGACAUCUGAAGCUGUGGUCUAGCCGCUUGCAGCCCGAGAUGCAGGUGGAGGCCUGCCAGGUCCCGUGUAAAGUAUCCACGUUGGAUUACGUCACCUUUGACAACUUUGAGAUCAAUGAGGAUUCAGGAUCUGUGUGGCUCACCUGCCCCAUGGGAUCUAUCUACAGGCCCAUCCUCUGGGAAAUCAACGACAUCCCCCUGACCUGGCAGAGCCAGCUCUCCAACCAGGACUUAAGCACCAUUCUGGAACCCACCAACGGUGGCAGGCAGCUUCGGGUCUUCGAGCCAGCCAUUUACAAGUGCUUCGUGAAGCAGGAACUCGUGGCUUACUUCAACCCCAAGCCCUUUCCGGAUGUGCCGGAGAUCCUCAGGCAAAGGGAAGCCGGACCACAACAGGAGUCAAGGGAGGCCUGGAAGGGGAAGGCCAGGUCCGUCCUCAAGGGGCUCAAGCUGAUGCUGCUGGUGGGCAUCGUCCUGGGCCUGCUCGCACAGCUGCUCAAGCUCUUCCAUCCUUCCCAGGACAAAAGAAGCGACCGGAUGCUGCUGGUGAAAUAAAGAGACCCCUCGGUGCCCAGG